GGGCACCGGGCCACCAGGCGGAGCGGCGGGCACCGGGCCACCAGGCAGGGCGGCGGGCACCGGGCAACCAGGCAGGGCGGCGGGCACCGGGCCAUCUGGCUCGACAGCGGGCAUCGGGUCACCAGGUACAACAGCGGGCACUGGGUCAUCAGACAUUGGAUCGUCUUGCUCGACCGCGGGCACCAGGUCAUCUGGCUCAACAGCGGGCAUCGGGUCACCAGGCACGACAGCGGGCAUCGGGUCACCAGGCACGACAGCGGGCACUGGGUCAUCAGGCAUUCGAUCGUCUGGCAAGACUGCGUGCAUCGAGUCGUCUGGCAAGACUGUGGGCUCCGAGUCAACUGGCGGAACAGCGGGCAUCGAGUCGUCUGGCAAGACUGCGGGCACCGAGUCAACUGGCGGAACAGCGGGCAUCGAGUCGUCUGGCAAGACCGCGGGCACCGAGUCGUCUGGCAAGACCGCGGGCACCGAGUCGUCUGGCAAGACCGCGGGCACCGAGUCGUCUGGCAAGACAGCGGGCACCGAGUCGUCUGGCAAGACAGCGGGCACCGAGUCAUCUGGCAUAAUAAGAUCAUCAGGCUGGAUCAGCUGGGUAAAGGCAUCAGGCUGUAUUGUGGGCGCCGAGGCACCAGG